AUGGACUUUGAAACUAUUAAAGAAUUCAAUGAAUUGCGAUCCAUCAAAACGAUUAGAGAAAUGAUUGCUUACGAAACACAUCUUCGUUUAUCUGAACCAAUUCAAGAACUUAUCGAUUCAUUUACAUCGCUGAGGCACACGCUCGUGACCAAUGACCAGCCAGUAAAACGAUUUUGUGCGUCGAUCAACCAACGACGACUUGCUCAUGAUCAACAAUACAUCCAUGACUUUUCAGAUUGGAUUAUCAAACAUGUAAUUGAUGAUGAUGGUGAACUAUACCAAGUCACAGCCAAAAUCAAUCCUAUAUAUACUCAAUUCUGUAUACUACAUGUGCCUAUUCACUUUCUCAUUCACGACAGAAUGCAAAAACAAUUCGUUGUUACAUUGAUCGCACUUUGUCUGUCGGCACUCUAUGUUGCUGGAUAUGUUGUUGAUGAUUCUGAUGAACGCCAACUAAAACAAGGUCUUCGAAAACUCAUACGUCAGUACCGAUUCCAAUAUGGAAGACGUGGUUCGGCUCGUUUCCUGACAAACAAAAGAGAUGAAGAAGUGCCACUCAGCACAUACCGACAACAAGCUUUAGAUAAACACAACGAAUAUCGAAGUAAACAUUGCGUACCGUCACUUCAAUUGGAUCCACAAUUAAACGACAUCGCACAACAAUACGCGGAAAAACUAGCUGCGACUGAUACAUUCGCGCACAGUGGUAAUACAUUCAAUGGACAAUGGAUGGGAGAAAAUCUUUACAUGUACAGUUCAUCGGGUUCUGUCUUGACGAGCACAGGUGACGCACCCGUUACAUCUUGGUACAAUGAAAUUGCUGACUACAACUGGAACAAACCGGGAUUUUCAAUGGCAACUGGACAUUUUACUCAAUUGAUUUGGAAAGCGACAACGAAUGUGGGUAUUGGUCGAGCUGUAUCAAACAGUAACCGGCUGUAUGUUGUUGCCAACUACUUUCCCGGAGGCAAUAUGGAAGGUGAUUUCGAAGCAAAUGUACCACCAUUAUGUUGA